AUGUCGCCCUGCCCCACAACCUCAGUCCGACCGAGUCUGCGAAAGGGAUUCGCCAAUUGCCUGGCCUAUAUUUUUGGUUGUCCCCAUGAGUCCUGCUGUCUAGCUGGACCACCUGAGCCAAGCGAAUUCGACUUUUCAAAGAAGCCUGAAACUGUCUGCAUGAAAUCUCAGGAUGGAUGCGAAAAUAUGCAGGCUAGAGUGCUUCUUCCGAGAGCUGGUAAACACUGCGUGGCAGGUGUAUCUCAAACAGAAAUGGCUAGCCAGGAUGAUCUGAACUCGUCUGCUCGUGUCUCCGUGGUGCAUUUCCUCUUGAAAAGAUGGCAGUCAUCUGCUGCGUAUGCAAUGUAA